CAUCACCAACCCUUCUCUCUCACUAAAGUCCUCCUGAGAUAUCCUCAUCUUCUUCUGAUCAAUUUCAGCAUCAAGUACUGUUUCCCCCCUUGAUACCAGUUCUCUCUGUUGUGACCAGGUCUGUCCUUUUGCAGCUGUUCUUUUUACUCCCCUGGUGUCACCAAGGAGUUCUUCCUUGUGGUUCGCAACGAAUUUCUCUGGUCGAGUUUGUUAUAGACCAUCAGCCCUGGGCGACUGGGUAACUCUCGUGAGUCACUCAACCCAACCACAGUCUUCAGUCAGGCCAGGAAAAUCAGAUACCCUUCGUUCCCUGACAAGGAUCAUCAUGGCGCCUUUCCACCGGUUCUGCAAGCCUUCCCAUGGUGACGACGGACCUGAGCAGCCGGGAUGGAACGGGCAACGGCAUCUCGACCAUGGAACAGCACUGUUUCUCGAGAAACUCAAGGACCAUGCCAUAGCCAGAAAAAACAAGGGACAUGGUAAAGCUGAGCCUGGUCUUAAUGCUGGUUUACCUCGCCACUUGCUCCGUCAAGACGAUGAGCGUUCAGUCGGAACCCCCGCCACUGGUCUUUUGAACACGCAAGUAUCGACCACGGCUCCUGCGAGCGUCUCCAAGCCCCAAGAGCAACGUCUCCACUCGUACCUCGAGGAGCGAGCUUCCAACUUCUAUGGCUUCAAAACUGUGUUUCCUGGCGAGUCUCGACCCCAAACCCAGACGCCCCAGCACCCGUACGACCACCAGCCUGAGGAGCAUCACUCGGGAGCUGCUGUGCAGGUUGUCAGUCGUCGCCCCUGCAAUGACUCCUUUCCUGUUGCUCCUGCAUCUAGUCUUGUCGUCCCCGCUGGCAUGAACCGGUCGACUCAUCAACAGCCAUCCAGCUCUCAUCCACCAGCGGCUCCAGCUCGUGCCUACCCCGAACCCUCUCCAAAGCACGCAGUCUAUCCAAACAACAAAGGCGCGCCUCAACGCGAGUUCCCGCCCACCCCGUCUUAUACAAACGAUAUGCAACACGACGUCGAAUUCAUUCCUACCAACGACCGCAGCGGCAAUAGUCCUGCACCAAAGGGUAUGAAGACCUCUCGAUGGGCCGAGGCUGAGCUUCAGAUGCAGACUACCGCCAGCCCUCACCAUGACAACGGAGCCCGACUGUCUGCGAGCACUUAUCGUGUCGAUUCUCCCAAGAACACACAGCAGGAGACCGCCAUGCACGUGCAGGAACCCAACAAUGGCCAGAAGAAGCCUGCUAACGUUCAGCCUACUCGCGUCGUUCAGCCUGCGCCCAUCCCUCAGCAAGCUCAUCGCCAGCCCUCGGGCAAUCACCAGACAAAGGUGUCACAGGUCGAGCACCUGCCCCAGCCUGUGAAGCAGAAGUGGCGUCCCAAGCAUGACUAUGACCUCGAGUCGCAGUCACUGCCGGAUACCGUCUCGUCCGUGCAUUUCGACGACGACGAGCCCGUCGCUUACUUUACUGGUAGUGAUGCCGGCGAUGUGCCUACAAAGGACAUUCGAGGCCAGAUCGCCGACGAGUCUAACCUUGCUCCCACCGGCGAUGGCCAAGGUUGGUAUGACCAGAGCCAGUUCAAGGAGUUCGCCAGCGAUGACGACUCCUGGGGCCCCAGCAAGGCCUGGUUUGCCGAGUCUGUCGAGUCGUGGCUUGACAACACGAACAAGUACGAGCUUCCCUCGGUCUGGUUCCUCACCUCCAACAUCGAGCGUCACGAACAUUGUGACGUGAAUACCUUCAACGGCUGGCUGAAUGCUCCUGUGGACUACCCCGAGACGUGUAUGAAUCCACUGGACGAGAUCAAGCCGCAGGAGACCAAGCGCCGACUCACCUACUCUUCGAGCCUGAAGAGCGCAACAAACUACACCAAGAACAAGCGCCGCCUUGACAACGCAGAGGAGAUGCACGGCGAGCUCGUUGCCAACCCCCAGCCCGCGCAGGUCCCCGCGCAGGCCCAGCCGCAGGCCCAGCUCGUGGCGGCCAACAGUGCUCAGGCGCCUAGAGGUGGCCAGAUGGGCCAGCAAGUGCAGGCUGGACCCUCUGUGCCAAUGGCAUCCGCGAACUUGGACGACUACGAGCAGACCUACGUCAAGAUCCCCUGCUUCCUGCGCCCGGCUGAGCACGGAGACCUUGAACAGGUCCUGACCAUCUACAACUGGGAGGUGGCCCACGGCACUCAAGCCAUGGAUACCAAGCCCCUUGUGGUCCAGGACAUCCGCAGAAUCUUUCAGCGGUGCAAGGUUUCCGAGACUCCCUUCAUUGUCGUCAUUGCCGGAACAGCUGAGGAGGCUGUUGCCCGAAAGGAGGUUCCUGCACGCCCUCAAGGAAUGCAGCCAUACAUGCAGCGAAAUUCCCACCAAGAUCAGCCAGAGAAGCGCGAACAAGAUAAAGUUCUGGCCUUCGGAUUCAUCACGAUCCCUGACGCGGGCCUCGCUGGUGAUGUCCACCACAACGUUGGUCGCUUCCAAGGCCGUCUGUACCUUUAUGUGGCCCACGAUAGUCGCCGCAACGGUCUCGGACGAGCUCUCCUCUGCCGUCUCACCAAGUGCUGCUCCACCAUGAUGAUCUCCAUGGGCGAAUACGACUGGUACGACCCGACUAAGAACAAGGCUUGCGAUGUCGCCCCAUUCAAUUCUCGAAAGUACUCCCGCCUGUUCCUGGAGACUGCUUCGAAAGGCAAGACAGAUCCCGACACCAAGUGGUACGCCGAGUUCCUGGAUAGUGAAGCCUUCACAUGCGUCUCCACUACCGACAGGGCCCGCAAGAUUGGCUACGGCGACGGCGGUAAGUGGAUGGACACCAUUGUCUGGCAGUAUGACUGCUCGGACCCGAAGCACCUCACCGAGGGCGCUGCUUACCAGAGCCGUUAA